CCGGGACUGCAAACUCCUGGACCAGAUUCAGGAUUACUACAAUUGGUGCACUUUUUUUUCUGUCAGUCACUUUGUCAUCUUGAUGUCUCAACUUUUGUGAACAGACUUAUACUAAAAUAUUAAAAAUCAGUUAUUUCAUAUUGCAUAAUCAAUUGCAUGCUUUUCAGGGAAUUUUAACCCUCAAGUUGGAGCAUACUCUUCCCCUUUCUCUCAUUUCUUUCCUAUGUUCAAAGCCAUGUUUACGAUUACUGUGAAAUCAGCGCUACGUUCUGAUUUAAAGUGUAUAUGCCAUCUUACAUGGAAUAUUUGUACAAAAUUAAUUUGUAAACAAAAUGUGGGGUAGAGAGGGUGAGCAUAACUCUAUAAUGCUUGAUUUUUUUUUUUUUCAUUUUUUGUGCAUGAUGCCUUGAAGAGUUGUUUAAAAAAACACACAAACUGAACUCUUUUAAUAAAAAAUAAAAUAAACAAUGCUUCAAUGCUGGUCAACCACGCAUGAAAACAAAUGCAACGUUCUUCAAUGACGCCCACUGCUUUUUGUCAAUCUUACCGCUGCAAUGCGGCCCAGUGUGGAAACCGGAACUUUGGUCUUAUCGCCUUGAUUUUCGUGGGGAACUUAACGUGUUGCACGUUCACACUUCCAAUUUAUUUAUGUCAAGGGCUUAAUUAAGACGCACCUUUUGCUUCUUUUGUUUAUGUAUUUUUUUACGAGCUGUAGUUGUUUUAAGUUCUCCAAUGCGACUUUUAACAAUGAAUCUAAAACUUGAUGGAACGGGAGUUUAUCGAAAUACUCUUUCUCGACUUGCAGGAAAGAAACACCUGGCACCAAAUAAGUCCUUAUGCACCACAACGAAAGGACAAACUGUGGUGUCGGAGCGCAGGGGGUCUGUGGUCACCAUUGCCAUAAACCGUCCAGAGGUGCGUAAUGCUGUGAACCAGGAGACAGCGAGGCAACUGCUGGGGGAGCUACAGAAUUUUGAACAUGAGCCGACCUUGAACGUGGCAGUCCUUUGUGGCUUAGGAGGGAACUUCUGUGCUGGUUAUGAUCUGAAAGAACUUGCCAAUCACACGGCCUCACUCAAAUUGGAGCAAGAUGUCACCAAGGGUCCUGGACCAAUGGGUCCCUUCCGUUUACAGUUCUCAAAGCCCCUGAUAGCAGCAGUUACUGGAUAUGCUGUGGCUGGAGGACUUGAACUGGCCCUGCUGGCUGACCUACGAGUGCUGGAGGAGAGUGCCAUCAUGGGAGUGUUCUGUCGCAGGUUUGUUCCGGCUUCUGUGACGGAGGGAUUUUCUACACUCCUUCCCUGUCUCGGGGAUCGUCGGGGGGACCACUUGGGUGACCUCCCAGGAUGUAUUGGUUGUGUGAUGGUGACUCAUCCAUAUUCAAUGGGUACCUGCCUGGGUCCACCUCCAUCCGGCUCCUGGUGGGGGCGGUGGGGCCCCCUUGUCGCUCCUCGGGCUUGCUUCCUUCUCUUCUGUCGUCCCUUGCAUUCUGCCAGGAUUAGCACUGCUGUAGCUCCUCGUGACCCUGAGGAGGAGAAAGAAAAGGAUUGAUCGUUUCAGUAGUAAUUGGUUGGUGGAGCUAUCAGUAUGUUUGGUGGGCGUUGUUGGUCACCUUGUAAUACAGCACAAACUCAUGCACAUACUCCGAGCAGUAAGCGCACACUUGAUUUUUUUUUUCUCAUGUGUGGGGUCGUCCACGUUGAAAAUAUAAGGUUAUGAAGUUAAAAAUCAGUAUUUGUGAACCAAACUUAAGUAGAGGUACAGUGUGAUCACUUGCUAACAGUGUUAUUAGUGUUAGAUUUUAGAAUUGGUACAUGUUUGGUGUCUUGUUGAUUGUUCACAUGUUUGCUGAUUUAUUGGCUGCAUCGAUCAUAUUAACCUAUCCGCACACUAACUGACCCGUGUAAUUCAAUAGGAGUUAAUUAGCGGAACUGUAACUGAUUAGAUGUGACUUUCAUUUUUUUUCACAGUGAUAUUUUUAUAAACAAACAAAAGAAGCAGUCCCUUUUGAGGUCUGUGGCCUCAUUUAACAAGUGAGGCUGUGGUCUGAAGGAAGCGACACUGUGUGUGCACCUUGCAGGAAAGCAAAAGAAAUGCAAAGUGACAUUCUUUAUUUUUUCUGUAAUGCAUUUGUCAAAAUUAACACAUUCCCAGUCGAAUGUGAACAAUUAUUGAAAUGACUAAUACAAAGAUGAAAAAAAGUUCAGGUGCACAUUAAAGC